CCCGCCCGGCAGCGAGGUGAUGAACCGGCGGGUCCUUUCCCUGCGAGGCGCUCUAAGAUGGCGGCUGAAGGACAGCUAUUGAGUUGGGAUGUUUCACCCAAAAAUGGCAAAGAAGUGUUUUUCUCACGUGAAACGUAUGAAAAAUAUUCCCUGGCUCCGAGCCUCUUGGAACUGUGGAAUUUAUCGAACAGAUUGGCAAAGAAAGAUGUGGAGAUAUUGGCAAAUUCUUCAGAAAACAAACAGAUUGGUAACAUACAGGCUACAAAUGCAGUUGGGGUGGUGACUAAAACCACAACUGGUGAUCAUCCUUUUCCAGAACCUAGACUUCCCUAUCCAUUUACCUCCUGUCUGACUGAGAAGGAGCAGAAAACAUAUUUAUAUCUGAUGACUAAGUUCUCAAAAACACCAAAUCAUUUUCCUCUCAAUGCCGCAAGUCAAAGAGAGUUGCUGACGUACCUGAAAAUGAAAGAAGUAGUAAACAGUGAGGUUGCAGAAUUUAUGAAGUUCGCCCAAAAUGCUGCGAAGAGCUGUACUCAGGACUAUGAUUGUAUCUCUGAAGAUGCUCUGCUUUAUACUGAGGAAUUAUUCAGGGCUUGUAUUGGACAUGUGAAAAAGUAUCCUGAGUUUUACACAUUACAUGAGAUAAUGAGCAUCAUGGGAGGAAAAUUUAACACGCAAUUGACCUUUAAGCUGGAAAAAAAUCUUCUUGUAAUGGGUACAGCAAGAUAUGCUAAGACAGCAUUCCCUACCAUGCCUGUUCAGCUCUGCACAGAUUAUAAAACCGUUACAUCUAUUAUAACUCCAGAAAAAAAGGCUUCUCUUAUCCACAAUGAUAUUAGUUCAGAUUCAAAUGCAGAAAAGCUUGCUUUGAAAUACUCCCCUCAAGUUGUUCUAAGUAAUCAGUCAUUAUUUACAUUGCUGAAUAAUCAUGGAUUAAACUACAAGGAACAGUGGGAAAUUCCAGUUUGUGUUAAGAUGAUCCCUGUUGCAGAAGAUAACAAAGCAGCUAAAGUGGUUUUUGUUGACUCACCUCUCCUGAAAAAGGAAAUGACAAUAAGAGAGAGGAACCAAAUAUUCCAUGAAAUUCCUGCAGACUUCCUAGCAACUAAAAAGUCUUACAUUGCGAUUUCCGAUGUUUCGAUGGACAAACCAGAUGAGGACAAUCUGUUUCAGUGGGAUGUGUCUGCUGAUACCUACCAGUGCAGGAAGAUUCCAUUUACAGAUGAUGCAGGGAUGGAUUUUGAUGAUGAUUUUACAGAACUGGAAACCUUUGGAGCAGCUGUCAAACUUUCAAGGACUUCUAAAACAGAAAACACUUGUUCAGUUGGUAACACUGAUAAAGUGUUGUCAUGUGACUUACAACCAGAAAAAAAACUGACAUCUACCACAAACAGUGAAGCUCCAGAGAGAAUCCCUCCUCUUUCUGAGCAGGGAUUUUCAGCGUAUUCCAGAUUGCAGCUUCCAUCAUGUGGCAAUGUAUGCUUCAGCCCUGAAGGAAAUUGGUCUCAUAAAAACUUUCAUUCUGAGGAGGUGGAGUUGAAGAAAGCACAGGAUGUCAUGACCAAAAAAGUAUCAGACAGUGAAACUAAUACUUUAUAUCCUGCUGUAAGUUGCAAAAAAGACUCUCAUGCUGCACAGAAAAAUGAGAUAUAUGCUCCUUUAUGCAGUAGUGACACCGACGAAGAUCGUUUAAUAAUUGAUAUAGAGCAUAAAAAUACGGAAUGCAAAAAAACUGUUCCAAAUGCUGUUUCUCAGACCUUGGUCCAGACUUGCAAGUCACCUUCCCCCACCCCAAAUCCAUCUGCAAGCAUGGCUGAUUGCUCAGAAACUGUGCAUCAGGGGAAAAAUGCCUCCAGAAAGACUGCAAGAAGGUUGUCCAAAGAAUUUGAUCCUGUUGGACGGAUUUUGAAAAUGCAAACGGAGCUCCUCAAGUCACCUACCCAAAAAGCCCAUGAGCAGCCAGCAGUGAGCUGUGAUAAUGCUAAUGCUGCACAAACUCACGUGCCUCAAUCUUCAAAGCCACCAGUGAUCUCCCACACAGCACCUGUGCUGGGCCCUGCCCCAAAUCCUCAUGGCUCAUCUAGGAAUACCUGGACGUGCCUUUUUCAGGGGGUGCCAAGGAGAAAGCUGCCAGAUGAACUUCAGAUGCUUGUGGAAGACCCUGGAGAGUAUAAAGCACCUCAGGAUGGCAACCUUGUGUAUAAGCUGUUCAGUUUGGAUGACCUGUUGUUACUCGUGCGUUGCAAUGUGCAGAAAGUGAGAUCAUUGCCACGUUUCAAUAAAAAGAAGAAAGCUCAAAAGCUUAUUCCAAUAUUCCUGUUGCCUAAACUGGAAUACCAAGCCUAUUAUGGUGUUGAAGCUCUUACAGAAAGUGAAGUAUGUCAGCUGUGGACAGAGAGCAUGCUUCAUUCUGAAUGCUUAUUUUAUGUUGGGCAUAUUGAUGGUCUCACUUCAAAACUUAUUAUGCUGGAAAAGAUUUCUCCAAAAAUAUUAAGAGAAAAACUUGGAUUGAUUAAGCCAGCAAAUUCAUUGAAUAUACUUCAUCAUAUUUUGAAGAAAGUGUCUGAUUUGCAGGAGGGCUCUUAUCUAUUGACUCAUGCUGCAGGAGAUUCAUCAGUUACAAUCUACAAGAGUUCCCUUGACAAGCCAACAAGAGCUUCAUAUAACUUACAUAAGGCUCAUGGUGAUCUGCCGUCAGUACCUGCCAUGCUCUCAGUCCCCUGGGUGCCACUGGAUCCCAGUGUCCCUUUGCCCUAUCACAUGAAACAUGGAAGAGUCCCAUGCACCUUUCCGCCUGCGCCCCAAGAAGCCACAGGGAAACAGAAGAUGGCUGGGGUGAAAGGGCAGUCAGACACACCCUACGAGGGAGAGCCAGUAACUAUGGAAACAAAAGGCAAUCCAGCUAAGCCUGUUAGAAAUGAAGGUGUGGCUGCAAAGAAGCUGAAGAAACACUGCAAGCAAAGAAUGAUGAAGAAAAAGUGGAAAAUGAAGCAAAACAAAGCACAGGUGAAGUAGGAGCAUCUGAACCGUGCUAAGCAUGGACUGGAGAAGUUCAAAAUGGAACAACACAUCUGAGGGCUUUUGAAGUUUCAAAGGAGCCAGAACAAACCGGUAGGGGAAACAGCUCCACAGCCAUACUUAGGAGCACUGAAAAGUUCUAUAAACCUUUAACCCCUUCUUACCUUAGUGGGCACGUUUCAAUUGAAAAAUCUUAAAUUCAGUUGGGUUUAAAACAAACAAACAAAAAAAAUGAUGAGUGCCUCCUGUUGAAGUCAGCGGAAAAGUACGACCUGUUAGCCUCACCAUUGUCAUAGAAUAACUACAGCUUGAAGCGUGAAGAUGCAGUGGUCUGCAACAGUGUCUGAUAUGACAGCAACAAGAAAAGCAACUCUUCAGUUUGCUUACUUCUUCCAGAAUCACUAUAGAUUUGUAUUCUGGCAAUUUUAAAUCAUAUUUUACUUUAUGUGGUAUAGCUAAGAGAUUUAUCUAGUUAAAUUUUUAACAUAAUGUCUACCAAUUUUUUACAAUUAUUCACUGAAACACAUUCUCUUUUUAGGAUGGUGUAGCAAAUGAGUCUGGGGAAACAAAAGCUGUGUUUUAUAGAAAAGUACGUGCCAUAAAUUUGCACUGGAAAGCCUAAGCUUUGCUAAUAAGCGAAGUAUGAAACAGUUUCUGCUUCCCCAGCACAAUUUCCAGGAAUUGCUUUGGUUUCUAGCAUGUCUUCAGAAAUGAGUAUUGAUGGUUUUUUAUUGCAUUACUGAAAGGUUACAGUCUAAUCUCCUAUCAGAAUGCAGGGCAAUAUGCGGUACUGUUUACCUGAGGUAUUAAGGUUUGCCUUAGUUGUCACUGGAAAAAAAAACAAGACUAUGCUGAGUCUCAGCAGCUCACUUAAAAUUUUGAGCCAAAUUGAGUGUGAGGUUAGAAAAAGUGUACACUGACUGUCUGUUGCAGUUUCCUAGUAAGAAAAAUGAAAUUCUUACAAUGGUCUGUGAUGGUCAGUAUUGAAGCACCUUGUAAGCUGUGAUGCAUUUGUAAUUAUUUUCUGGAUUUCUGGGUGUUUUUUAUGUAUUGUGUAUAAUUGUGUUUCUUCAUUAGGAGAACUGAUUUUAGAAAAGUUAGGAAUUCUUUAGUCAGUAAAUUCUUUCCCAUGUUUGCUUUUUAAAUCACAGAAGUAUUUUAAAAUGAGCCAAUUUCUGUUUGAAUGAUGUUCCAGUGGGUUGUUUGUGUAUGUGCUUAAACAAAAGCCUUCAAGAUUUUCUUCCACUUCUUUUACUUGGGGACAAAGUGCAUACAUCUGAUUGGAGUUCUUCUACGUAACGUGGAAGUUUUGCUGCUGAGUUUUUUUUUAUCAUAGAGUAAAAAUAAAGUAUUUUAUUUGUUUACUGGGUUGUACAAGGUUUUUAAAAUCCUGAGGACAAGUUCUUUUAAGGAGGUUUAAGCAGUGAAUGUACAUUAAAAUCUAUUCUUUGUGAAAUACAAAGCAUUUUCUGAGCUUUUUUUUCCCUUGCUAGAUGUAUUUAUAAUAUUAUUCAGUUUAUUAUGGUAUUGGCCACCACUUCUGUUAGCUGCAGUGAUAUGUUGCUGACAAGCUGAAAUGGCUUACAGUUGUUUGCAGGCUACAAGUCUUCCUGACUCAAAAUCCUAAAUCCAGCCAGUGACCUCUCUUAAUGGGAAUACUUUAGCUGUGAGUCAUUUCUGUGAGAUAACUCUGUGUGGGGAGUCAAAGCAGUUUUCAAUGUGUAUACAUAAAAAUUGAGCAAAACUUGUGGGGAAUUUAGUUUUUUUUAUACCAUUUCUUUAAGUUUCAACUGUAUGCUCUAUGUGCCCAUGUGUUGGUGCAGCUGGAAGAGUUCUGUCUUUUAAUAUUAUUGUGUGUGUGUGUACAUAUGCACUAAUUGUAGUUUAUUAUCCAUUUAGAAUAUGUAGGCAAUGUGGAGCAAACAACCACAUUCUGUUGGAACAAAUUCUGUUGGAUUUGUUCUCUUUUGUAUUAAGUGGGACUGGGGUAAUGUGCUCUAAGCUGUGUGAAGGGCAGCUUUUGUUCAUACAGCACAAGAACUUGUUGAACUCCAUCAUUAGGUGUAUAGAACACAUGUUACUGAGAGCUGUGGCCUGCUUGUUUUCUCACAGCCGUGUAGAGCGUGCCUUCGUAAAGUUCAUGUACCAGUUACCAUGGCUUUAUGAGCCAGAUUGAGCACAGUAACAUUUCUGUUGUUAGAAAGGAAACUGAUGCUGAAACAAAUCUUGGGGUAUUCCUUGUGAGGAGGGAUUGAAAUACAGUCACUUGGAUAGCUCUUGGGUGCAAUAGUACAGUUGAUUUGUGACUUGUGUGUAGAUGCACCCUAGAUCUGCAUGGACUUGGAAAGUAAUGAAUGGGUUGUUUCUGCUAAUGGUUGUUGCUUCCUAACUCAAGAUCACAGCCUUUUCCUGUGUCUGAACAUGAGCAAUAACAGCGGGAAAUUCUUAAUAUAAGUUGCCUUUAUAGUCUGCCACAUCCUGAUGAGGUUUGAUGGGAAGAGGAAUGCUACUUUUAACAACAUAUGAAAACCAAAUCCUGACUUUGAGAGCCUGAUACAGCAAAACAACAAUAUGCCUUUGAUCAUCUUGCUGCUGGAUAUUUCUGUGUUUCCCAAAG